UGCACUGUUUUUUCUAUAUGUUUAACAUUUGCUUAAUCAUCUUAUCAUGUGUUUUUGAUUGCCAUACGUUUGGGAGAGGCCAGAAACGAUUACUCUCCUAAUGGUUCAAGCAGCUCACGGCUUCCGGUUGCAAACUUGGUGUUGGAUUUGAGUUCUGGAAUUUACCCCGGUGGAUGAGCGUCUAGUCAUAAUCUGCAUAAAAGUGAGGUUCUUCAGUAUAUAGCUUAUUUCGAUGUGACCAAAGAUACUUUCUAUGAGCGCCUAGAACGCACCUAUGAGCGUUGCCUUCGCCACGAUGUCAAAAUCGUGCUUGGUAAAGAAGUUGUCUUUGGCACAACAGUCGGAAAAUUCAGCCUACAUGACGAAACAUCGCCAAACGGUCUAAGGCUGAUCGACUUCGCCGGGGGCCGAAAAAUGGUCGUCUGUAGUACUAAAUUCCAGCAUAAGAAAAUCCAUCAAGCUACUUGGCUAUCCCCGGAUCGCAACACGCGCAAUCAAAUCGAUAACGUUGUGAUAGACGGUAGACGUACGCUCCGAGGACCAAAUAUAGACUUGGACCAUUAUCUGGUUGCUGCGAAGAUACGCACCCGCCUCUGUGCCGUAAAGAACGCCCGUCAACAAACACAAGGAAGCUUCGACGUCGAAAAGCUGCAAUCGCAACAGACAGCCAAAAGUACUCUACUCGACUUGCACUCCUGUUCUCUGAGAGCACACAUCAGCAUCUCGCUAUAAAGGAACUGUGGAACGGCAUCUCAAACUCAUUACGUACCGCUGCAGCCGAAACAAUUGGAUUUCCGCAACGACAAAAAACGAAUUAGUAACGUUUAGGAUUGCCGUCUCGCAAGGGAGAGAAAAUAGACUGCCUACCUCGCAACGUUACAAACGACCACAACCGAGAGAUGAAGAGGGAAGAAAGAUGCAUUUGCGGACGAAAAGAAAGAGGCCGAAAUGUAAUAAACCAAUUGUAAUACCAGAGAUUCACAAAGAAAAAGGUUAUAAUCAAACAGUGCCAACUUUUGUACGCAACGUUAUGGGAUCUAGUGCUGGUGCUGGCUCGGGUGAAUUUCAUGUGUAUCGACAUUUACGAAGGGAGGAAUAUUCUCGACAAAAAAAUAUACAAGCAAUGAGUAUUAAAGAGCAGCAAGAUCUAGAAUUUAAACGAAAGCUAGAACAAAAUCAAAUUAUAUCUCAGGAAAGGACAGCUAAGAAAAGAGCAAAACGGCUAAAGAAAAAGGAAAGAGCCGCAAAAAGUUUCGUCAAUAAAUUCGUCGGAAGUAAAAUGGAUCUCGAGGAAAAAUAGUAGUCGAUUUACACAUGUUAUUGAUAUUUAUGUAAUUAAAUAAACAAAGAGCCAUUAACAUUUUCGAAAAACGAA